AGAAGACGAAACUUUUCGAUUAGAAUAUUUGAAAUUGUAGUAUAUUUUUAUAGUGUUGUCCCAGCAGUGGUUAUAACUUAUAAUUUUUGCGUCAGCUCUUAACAUCCUUUAGAACGACAAACCGCUGCAAUGGUAAUCAACUUAUAAAAUAACUAACUAAAAUGUUUAUUGUUUAAAAAACAGAACAUAAAGUCCCUGGACAUUCAUUAUUAGAACAAUUUUUAUCGGGAAUUUCUCUUAUGGAAACAUGUCUGGAGUCUUAGGAAGCACAAAAUCCCAAAAGGUACACCAGUUUUCGAUAGAAGCGUUAAUUGGAAGGGGAGAUAAUAAGACUGACAACGAUAGUUGUCUCCCUGUAAAAUUCGCAGACGAUCGGCUAACGCCAAAAGUUACCAGACUACACGAUGACGUGAAAGGUGCUAGUUUCAAACACUUGUUACGCAAUGCAGGGAAUAAAGCUGGUAGUACCAUAUCAGAGUCUGACUAUCAAAAAAUCUUGAGAACAUGGACCGGACAUUCGGACUCGAGUUUGUUUCAACCUUUCAAAAUGCCAGCGAGUCCAAACAUGGCGGCGAACUCGGUGUUUUCGGCACAUUUCCCGGCACUGACUUUGAACCAGUCUAUGAUGUACGGUCUACCCAGGGAACUAGCGCAUCAGUCUGAAAUGUGGUGUCAGGCGAGAUACUCACACUUACUUCACAGCCAAAGAUACCCAGUUGGUCCACACCCGAGCCUGUUUUUCCACCCAUACCGGAAACCCAAGAGGAAUCGCACGGCGUUCUCUCCGUCGCAGCUGAUGGCCCUGGAAAAGUCUUUUGUAAAGAACCACUAUGUGGUAGGACAGGAGAGAAAACAACUGGCCUUCAAACUACAGCUGACAGAAACACAGGUCAAAGUGUGGUUUCAGAACAGACGAACAAAAGACAAGCGGAUGACAGGGGAGACAGACAGUGGUGUGACGUCACCGCCCAGUGACGACGACGACUGCGUAGACAAUGGAAUGAUGAAAAGUGAACCAGUCGAUGAUCAAAAUUGUGAGUGCUCUUCAGAAGACGAGGAAAUCGCCAUUCACAGAAUACAUCCGGAGUCAGAACUUCAACAUUAAUACAAGAGUAUAAAUGCUCAAAUCACCUUAAACAUUUUUGACUGAGCACUCAAAGUUUAUUUAUGGACUAAAGUUUUUUGUUCCAGACUUGAGUAGAAUGUUAUCAGGUCUCCAGUUUGACUUUAGGUCUCUAACUUCAAAAUGUUUAUUUCAAAUUCCACCCACCUCAAAUUUACCCUCCCCACUUCUGUCCCGGGCUUAAUCACUGAGCGUGUUCGAAAUCUUCGCGGUAUAUGAGCACGUUAAAAUAGUACCCAGACCCAGUGCAAGAGUACUGCGAUAUUUGUAUAUAUAAUGCUUUAAGACUGCCUUCUGAAAACAGUUAGGCCUACAAGAUAUAAAAAUUAAAAAAAUUAUCAUUUGCGUAACUAGUUCUAAAAACAUUAUUGUUAAAUUAUUAUAAAACAAUGCAACCAUACCAUAGUUCGGAUAUCAUAUAGUGUUUAGUAUUGAAAAAGAUCAAAAACCCAAACAAGACAAACAAGUACCUAGUGAGUGGUAUUUCAGUGUGCGAUUUUAUUAGCUUUCUUGUGAACAUUGGAGAGAAGUUAUUAACCAUGAAACAAAUCAUAAUAAUAACCGUGUUAAAAAACCCACAUAUUUGGUGGGGUGGAGCUGAAUACAAACACACACAAAUAGAAAACAGCUAAAUACACAAUAUCUCAUAUAAUAAACAGUAACAGGGGUAAUCAAUUUUAAAAACACAUUUUUAUAGUUCAGAGGUAAGAGUUUGGGAAGUGAAGAAAAGCUCAAAAUUUGGUUUUGUGCAAGGACAUCACUAGACCACGUUGAUCAAUUAAUCAUCGGCUAUUGGAAGGAAAUGUUCUAUUUAUUUAACGACGCACUCAACACAUUUUAUUUACGGUUAUAUAUUGAGGGAGGAAACCCGCUGUUGCCACUUCAUGGGCUAC